UGUUGGUAUUCCCUAUUGUAGUCAAGUGUGAAAUUAUAUACUUAUAGGCAUGGAACAAUGGGUCUCCCGACCGGGCUCUCGGUGUCGAAAAAGUGUCACGUCAGCUGACAGCUAUCGGUGUCUGCUUACAUAAAGCUUGACCGCAACUCAGCCGCACCCGAAAAAUCAGUGCGGCACCGGGAGUGACUAAUGAACUUUUUGCUCGACUUUCCGUGUCUCAUCGGUUGUGGAGGAGGUGGCGCCUGUCGAAUGACACGGAGCUCGGCAUCGCGCGACCCACUACGCGAUGGCUUACCCUUGCCCGCGCGCCGGCGCGCCAUUAUCGGUCGAAAGGGGCUGGAGAAUUCGAAUUUCUUCUUCUUUUUCUGAUUUUAAAUAAAACUGGUUUCAUAUAAGACGACGAAGAUACGGCGAUACGACGAUGAUAGCGCCUCGCGGCAUGCGCGCGCGGUGACAACAACGAGUGCUCGAGACCUUUCACUUUAUACAGUGCUCCAUGAAAUUUCAUUCGGUAUAGACGUGCGGAUAAGGUGUCAAAGAGGAAGAAUGUCGUGCAGAAAAUUCGCGCCGUGCCUCGUCUUGCUUCUUUUCGCGGCUUGCGUUACCUGCAAUCCGGUGGAAGUUCAAAAGGCAAACGAGGCGCCAGAGGAAGUGGAGCAGGAGCUCGUCGACAACCAAAUUCAGCAGCAGCAGCACGCGCAGCUCACGGAAAAGGAAUGGACCGAAGUCUUUGAAUUUUACAACGACACCUUGUCGGCUCUGCGCGGACUCAAAGACGUCUGGACCAAGCCCUUCGACGAACUGUUCGAUCAUCUGCGUCAGAACAACACGAACGUGAGGCUGCUUAAGCAGGAGCAGGUGGCCGAGCUAGAGCGCGACUUUGGCGAGAAGGCGCGCGACGCCUUGGAGCGCAUCGACGACGAGCUGCGCGAGUUUCAGGAGAUCUACGAGAAGUCGCGGGAGAUGAUGCGGGCCAACGAGACCAGCCACUACGACAGAUACGUCUUCGGCAUGGCCUGGGUGCUGAGCGAGGAGCUGGCCGCCUACCAGCUGAUGGUCGGCAACGUGCUCAGAGAGGCCGAGAACGUCGCCGAGCUCAUGAUCGAGCAGCAGAGCAGCACCGAUCGGCCGACCACUAUCAGUCCGUACGCCGUGUCGGUCGAGUAUAACGAGACGGUUGCGAUGACCACGAUGACGACGACGAUGGACGAGGACGAGGACGACGAUAUGAAUGACAUGAAUGAAUAAUAUAUUAACCAGAAAAAUAAAUACGCUUGUUGUACAUACAUAACAUAAACAAAA